AUGGUCAGACGACGUACCGCUUCACCAAGACCUUCGCCACCAGUGCAUUCUGCUCCCAGACCAACAAUGAGAUCUGCUCCUGCUCCUACCCCUGCCCCUAUGUCGUCGAUGCCAACGAGAACAGCUGCACCUAUGGGAGCCGCUCCUCAUCCAAUGCCCGGUGCACCAGCUCAACCUGGUUUAAUGGCUCAAAUGGCAGCCACGGCUGGAGGUGUUGCUAUAGGAAGUGCUGUGGGACACGCUGUCGGCGGCAUGUUCACUGGAGGCGGUGGAAGUUCUGAAACUGCUCCAGCUCAAGCUGCCCCUGUUCCAGCUGGAGCUCCUCAAGGACAAGCUUACGCGAACCCAUGUGAAUUCGAAUGGAAACAAUUCAUUGAGUGCACUCAAGCUCAGUCGGACGUGUCACUAUGCAAUGGAUUUAACGAGGCUUUCAAACAGUGCAAGGCACGUUAUGUUAGCUAG